AAUUAUUGAUGAAGAGUUGGAUGAAUACGAAACAUUUUCUCAUUUGAAAUUUUUAAAAAAUUUAAUAAUGAAUUUAAUCUGGUGUAUGUAACAUUCGUAUUGUGCUUUUUCAAUAGAUUGGGAUACCACGUUGAUUCAAGCCUUGGAAACUUUUUAAUUUUUAUAAUUGUUCGGGGGAUUCAUUCUGUCAUUGUUUCAGAGAAAAUGCAAGGAUACGGCUGAUUGAUUGAUUGACUAUGCGUGUGUACAUAUACCUGGCAGGGUUGGGGGUCUGCCUGCUGCUAGCAGGCCGGCUAACCUACUGUGGCGCAAUGGAACAGGAAUACAGCUAUACAGAAGAGGACACUAAUCCGGAAGUAACAAUACGACCUCCCUCUACCCUGGCUCCUCCUGUAGACGAUCCUAUACUGCCCCUGUGCCCCCCGAAACCGGUGUUUAAGGAGAACUCGCGGAAAAACCUUCUCCUAGUGAGCACUCUUGAUGGGCAGAUUUCAGCACUGGAUUUAAACAAGGAAGGUGAAAUGUUCUGGAGUGUUUCAACCUUCCCUGGUUCCAUGCUUUCAUCAACCAUCUCAAAUAUGGAUCUUGACAAUAGGGGACACUUUGUCAAGCUUAUACCUUCCCUUACAGGUCGUCUCUAUAAAUUCAAUGGCGAUGUAGUAGAACCUAUUCCUAUGGAUGUAGACAGUCUUCUUGGGUCUUCAUUGAAAAUGCAGGAGAAUAUGGUGGUGACAGGUGGGAAGGAAAGUAGAACCUAUGGGAUACUUCUUGAUACAGGAGAAAUAUUGUAUGAAUGUUCAAUGAACGAGUGCACAAACUUCCAACAAACAUCUAAGGAGAUCUUAGUAGUGCAGAGAAACACACAAACUGUCCGUGCACAUACCCCAAGGACAGGAGAUCAGAAAUGGAAUUUCUCAGUGAGUCUUCACGAUGUUUCCUACCAUCCUUCAGAUGAUCCUUGUACAGAGGAAGACGACGAUGGGGUGGAUCUAUUAGAUAUCCAGGACGACUUUAGUUUGAAGACGGUAGUCCCUGACGGUAUGAUCUGUGCCACUAGGUCUGAGGACCAGAACCUUAUCAAGUGGAAGAGAAAGUUUCAGGCUCCUAUUGUAGAUGUGUGGAGAUUGAAGAAUGGAGAACUGAGUAAGGUAAAUCUGUUCUCUAAGAACCAUAUCCCUAAGCGGAAUGUUCUCCUGGACGAUGAUGACGACGUUGACGACGAUGAGAAUCCGUCCCUGUACAUUGGGAAGCACAACAACCAGCUGUACAUACAGGAGUCUGUACAGUUACGUAGAGAUGCAGAUUCAGCUUUACAUGAGUACAGUCUGAACCCGGCAGGUUCAGAACUCGCAUAUCCAAGAGUAACCUGGAAGCCCUAUUUGGUGAGUCCGAGUCGAACCCCGGUGUUUAACCUUGGUACACCCAACCCGGACCUGGGGCUCAUCACAUUCGAACAAACCAUACGACGGGGAGACUCUAAGAACACGGCGCUAGCGAUCACGGCAAAUAAUGCAGAAUAUCCAUAUGACUCUGGACUCUAUCUCUAUCCUGACACUACUUCACUAAAUCCUGAUGAUACCAUUACCAACAUGACGACCAUCCUCGGGGGUCAGGAGGUUGAGGAGGAGGAGGCUGAACCACAGAACACCAUCGAGUACAUCUCCAGAGGUCUAUCUUACUACUGGAUGGAAGUCAUAUUUAUUUCGCUUGUUACGGCCGUUAUGAUGAACGUGCUGAUCACUCGACCAAUCAUUCAUCAGAUGCGAGAUAAUUUCCAGACCCUGCAGACUGAGAAGGCCAAGGAGGUGGUGAGAGAAGUUUUUGUCGAAGUCCCAGUUCCAUCCUUCUCAGGGUUUCCGUCAACACCAAGUGUUGGAACAAACUCGAGUUCAGGACCUGAUUUCUCCACCAUAGACAGACAAAACUCCGAGUUCAGCUCCAGGUACCUCUCGGACUUCGAGCCAGUGCAGUGCUUGGGACGAGGAGGGUUCGGAGUUGUGUUUGAAUCUAAGAAUAAGUAUGAUGAUAUUCAUUAUGCGGUGAAACGAAUAACGUUGCCAAGCUCAGAAGAGUCUAAAAAGAAGGUUAUGAGGGAGGUAAAGCUUCAUGCUAAACUGGAUCAUAAACACAUAGUUCGUUACUUCAGCACGUGGUUGGAAAGUCCGCCGCCCGGGUGGCAGGAAACAGCUGAUUCCUGGUUUCAAGACCAAGAUGUCGGAACAGGACCAACACCAUUUGAUCCUACAGCGACAGAUUACUCUAUGUCGAUUGUUGAGGGUGUAAAGAAGAAUGAUAAUCCUCUUAAACCGUUUUCCAUGUCCUCGACUCGAUCAAGACAAGAGAACAGCUCUGGGAAAUACCGGUGCAACGCCUUAGAUAGAACUGGUGAACAGUCUUUUAGUAUAACCUUUGAGGAUUCUAGUAGUGAACUUUGGGAUAAAAAUGUAUCACGGAACAGUGACUCUCGAAGUGAUUCAAGUGAUGAUAGUGAUUGUGAUAGCAUAGGCAGUCCACAGUUAGCUGAAGAUACAACUGGAGGCAUAGUUUUUGAAACGGAUCCAUUAGAGAUUAAGGGAAGUGUGGAAGCUAUAGCUGUAGAUAUGGAUAAUACUAGCAGUGGUCCUUUUAAAAAAUUCAAGCAAUCAAAAUCAGGAUCUUCAGAGAGUUUAUCCUGUUAUGAUGCCUUGGAUUGGGAUAUAAACCAAAAUUCUGGAAGCUCAAAAGAAACUAGAAGCCGAGCCAAAUCCUACCUUUAUAUAGUAAUGCAGCUGUGUAGAAAGGAUACGCUCCGAGAUUGGCUAAGAAACAAUAGUGUCAGAUCAGAAAGUGAGAUUUUAUCUGUUUUUUCUCAAAUCUGCGUUGGUGUACACUAUGUACACAGGCAAGGUCUGAUUCAUCGAGAUUUAAAACCUUCAAAUAUAUACUUUGCACCCGACGGAGCUAUUAAAAUCGGCGAUUUCGGUCUAGUGACUGGCACUGUACUAGAUACUGGCGGGUAUGGUGAUUCGACUAGAAAUGAAGGGUGUGAGGAUGAUCAGUUGACGGAUCAGGUUGGUACACAGAUGUACAUGUCUCCAGAGCAGCUACAACAGAAACCGUACAACCACAAGGUGGAUAUUUUUAGCCUAGGACUAAUUUUUCUAGAACUUUUAGUCCCAUUCUCUACUCAGAUGGAGAGACAGUAUUCCCUUUCUCAAGUAAAGAAAGGAAAUUUUCCAGAGCAAAUACUUGGGAGCCCAGAGUAUACACAACUUUUAGGUAUGAUGCUUCAUCUGAAAUCAGAGAACAGACCUGAAGCAGAAGAGAUAUUAAACUUGCCCUGGAUACAGGGUCAUGCAGAUACAAGUCCUAGAAACCGAUUGUCAACUUCAGGAUCAGAGUCAAGCAUUAUUCCUCCCUUUUCUCAAACCUGUUCUUGAAUAAUAUACAAAAGAAAAUAUUUUCCUCUCUUGUGUCCAAUUUCAUGAACAUAAUGAUGGAUUUUGCAUUCUCUAAUCUUCAUAAUUAAAAACAUUGAAAUAAGAUCAAUCUAAGAUUCGGUGAUGGUGAUGGAUCAAACCUUUUAUUGAAAAUAUAUUUCGGUCUGGGUUGACCCUCGCCAGUUCUUGAGAUUGUUUAAAAUCUUUAUGAUCGAUAAACAGAACUGGGCAUCGUAGAAUGAGGCAUGAAAUAUGACGAUCUUAACUUUGGAUAUUUUCUAUUCCUUGUAUUUAAUUUAGUUUCGAAAAAAAUAGUAUGUCAUUGCUGAAAACCACCAAUUGAAGUAAAAACUAUCAUUUUUGUGGAAACCCCUGUGCAUUUCUCUUGCGAAAGAUCACUGCUGUACCAAAAUUCACCAAAAAUCACGAGAUAAAAUCACAAGAUGUUUAAUCUUACUACUUGUCAUUGCUGAUACUGUAGAACAAACAGUAUUGUACUUAUAAUGAAUUGUAUGUUAUCUAAAAUUACAUUAUCCAACUGUAAAUUUUAUUUUUUGCUACUUGUAAAGUAAUAAAUCGAAAUUCACUUGAA